AUGAGUGAAUCCAUUACAAAGAAGCAUGAAAUUCUUACAGCUUUAGGUGAUUUAAGACUAUCAAUUUUCGAUACCCUGAUCAAUGAUAAAAUGUGGAAUAGAAUUGCCAAUGAUAUCUUAAAGACUCCAUCAUUCAACUCUAACCUGGAUAAACUCGACGAUUCCAAUGUGUUGUCAAUGAUCAGGCUGUUACCAAGUUAUGAGAAAUUGUUAAUAAAUUUCAAAGAGAAAUUACAAAUAAUCAUUAAUUCUUGUCAACCAAAUGAUUAUGACAAUUUAAUCACAAUACUACUGAAUUUAUCUAGCAGUAGUGAUAACAAUACACUACCAGAUAAUAAUCAUCAUGCUGAUCUGUUACAAUUAUUAUCAUCUUCAUCAUUGAAUCAAUAUACAAAACAAUCAAUUGAUUUACACGACAAUCUGGACAUUAGUAGUAGUAGAAGUAGGAGCAGUAGUCGUUGUAAUCAUAAUGAUCCCCCUCCAUAUGAUGAUAUCAAUUGUGACAGGAAAUCUUCACGUCGUCACUCUGGAUUCUCUGAUCUCUCCUCUGUUUGGAUACCAUCGAAUUCAUCAUGUUCCUUGGCAUCACCAUCAUCAUCACCCUCGUCAUCGUCUACAUCAAGCGGAGAUAGUUCAUUAACUCUAUGUCCAAAGUCAUCAUCAUCAUCAUCCUUACAAGCAAAACAUCAUACGGGCAAAAAUUCUCAUUAUGAACAAAAUAAAUCGAAAGAUUUUGUUAGCAAAAAAUAUCAAAUGAAUCAUUUAUUAUCUGAACGAUAUUUUGAAAAUACAAAUGAACACCGAUUAUGGCAUAAUAGUUCAUCAAAUAUUCAAAAUUCAAUAUAUUCAUUUAGUGAUGGUGAAUCAUCAUUUUCUAGUUGUUUAAAUAAUAUUGAAUUUACUGUGAUGAAUCAAGAUCAAUUAAUUAAUUUAGCUAGUGCAUUAGAUAGUCGAUCAAGUCGAUUAGAUUGUCGUCAAAAAGCUUUGAAACAAUUAGUCCAUUUACCAAUUAUUGAUGUACAAGCAUGUGAAGUAUGGAUUUAUUUAAAUGAGAAUCUUACAUCACAAUCACCAUCAUCAUCAACAUCAUCAACAGCCAUGAUGAAAACCACUGCCACAACUACACCUACAACUACAACAGCGACAACAACAAAAGUAACAUCUCCGUCAUCAGUCGCACUAGUCAAUCAAGAGUUCUCCACUAUGAAUACCAAUACCACUACUACUACUACUAAUAAUAAUAAUAAUAGUAGUAAUAAGAAUAAUUUACGUCGAAUCUAUUCCAUCACAAAUACACCUGGUAUUAUGGAUAAAAUGAAAGUAGACUAUAAAAAUUCGCAUAAAUUACCAAUAUCUGCCUCCUCGUCCUCCUCCUCCGCAUCAUCAACAUCCUCAUCAUCAACAUCGUCACCGUCGUUAAAUUUGAAAGCAUUAAAUCCUAUUCAACAAAUUAGACCAAUUGAUGACCACAAUGCCAAUAAUAAAGAAGGAUCAAUUGAUACUACUAAUAAAAGUAAUAUUAGUAGUAUUAAUAAUAAUCAAAACCAAAAUCAAAUGAGUAACAACAAUGUGAAAAUGAUUACAGCCGGUGGUGGUGGUGGUGGUUUAAGACGUGGUUUAGCCGAUGCACUAAACGAUGAAGAUGAUAUUUUAUGGGCGAAUUAUUUUAUUGAUUUUCUUAAACGUAAAGGAAAUAAUAUUGAUUGA